AUGAAUGCUAUUAUUCAAAUUAUAGAUGACUGGAGUCAUGCAAAAGAUAACAACAAAUCAAUUUAUGCAAUAUUCUUUGAUUUCGAAAAAGCUUUUGAUCUUGUCAGUCAUGACAAGCUACUUCUAAAGUUAGUAUACUUACUACCUAGCUGGCUCACCUCCUGGAUUGCAGCUUACUUAUCUAACCGUCAACAAAAAAUUAAAACAACUUAUCACACCACUGAAUGGAAAUGUAUUGAAGCCGGUGUACUUCAGGUUAGUGUUCUAGGUCCAAUCCUGUUCAUUCUAUUUAUUUUCGACAUUAACGUCUAUCUUCCACCUGAAACCAUGCUCGAAAAAAAUGCUGAUGACAUACUGACCUAUAUAAUUAAUGAUAAAGUUCCUCCAAACCUAUAUCAAUCCAUUGUUGAUGGCCUCGCUCUUUGGUCUAUGGUAAACAGAAUGAAACUUAAUGGUCCUAAAUGUAAAAUCAUAACAACCUAG